GAGAUUUGGAUAAGCUAUUCUAACCACGAAACAGGAUUUGUGCACAUUGGCAGUUAGGGUAUGCGCCCCAUUUUAGUUCAAGAACUAUCCCGUGGUAUAUUUUCCUUGGCUCAUAAAAUGUAAUAUUCUAAGUUCUUCAGCAAUGCAAUGUACCUACGAUGACAACCAAUUACAUGAGCUUCCUUCCGCUCGGUGCUAAUCUAGAUUAGCGUCGAAGGGAUGUCAUAAUUCCCAUCCUUUGUGCUCUCUAUCACGUGUGGUCCAGGUCGUUAUGAGGUCAACAACUGCUACCUUCAUUGUGGUUCAGCACAAAUUUUGCGACCCGUAAUAAAAUUACGGUUCUAUAAGAUGUAAAUCUUUUAAAUCAUCAUUUAACGAUAUGAGCGUUUGAAUGACGUUUCAAAAACCUUUCAAAAUCACGGUUUUGUCUCUGGCAUUCCGUGUUCCUGGAAUUUUACCUGUGGUGAUUUUUUUCCACGAGGGCUUUACGAAUAAUAAUGCAAGUGCAUUCCCAGGCGAGGGUGUGUGUCUGCGGCGGACGUAGGCGCGGGGCGGGGCGGCGGCGCGGGGGGAGGGGCAGUCAGCUCCCGCCCUGGUAGCUGGCCAUGGCUACACUGAUCCAAGAGAAUGGCAUGAAGGGAGCGGUGGGGCAGCACGCGCUGCACGGCGCGCACGCCAUGCCCGCGCACAUGGUGCCCGACCACGAGUACUGCGAGAAUAAGGCGCCACCCGCCCCCGCCCCCGCUGUCGAAGACCCUGCGCCUGACGAAGAGGAGACGCCCGAGAUAGACAUCAUGAUAAACAAUGUAGUGUGCAGUUUUAGUGUUAAGUGCCACCUGAACUUGAGACAGAUAGCGUUGCAAGGUGUGAACGUGGAGUUCCGGCGCGAGAACGGCAUGGUGACCAUGAAGCUGCGGCGGCCCUACACCACGGCGUCCAUCUGGUCGUCGGGCCGCAUCACGUGCACGGGCGCCACCAGCGAGGACCAGGCGCGCGUGGCCGCCCGCCGCUACGCGCGCGCGCUGCAGAAGCUCGGCUUUGAAGUGCGCUUCCAGAACUUCCGUGUAGUUAAUGUAUUAGGAACCUGCCGUAUGCCAUUUGGAAUUAGGAUCAUAGCCUUUUCCAAGAGAUAUAAAGAAGCAGAUUACGAGCCUGAGUUACAUCCAGGUGUUACCUACAAACUAUAUAAUCCUAAAGCCACAUUAAAAAUAUUUUCUACUGGAGGUGUCACAAUUACAGCCCGCAGCGUGAGCGACGUGCAGUCGGCGGUGGAGCGCAUCUUCCCGCUGGUGUACGAGUUCCGCAAGCCGCGCUCCGCCGCCGACGAGGAGGCGCUGCGGGCGCGGCGAGGCGCCCCCGCCCCCGCGCCGCCGCCCGCCGCGCCCGCCGCGCCCGCGCCCGCGCCCGACCCCAUGCGCCUCGUCACGCUCUCCGACGACGACAACGACGCCUGGGAGUGACGCCAUCCACCCACUCACAACUAAACCACCACGAGAAUGGACUCGCAUUUGGCAUAGAGCAAUAACUGAUCGGUUGUAACGGUGAUAUCGCGUGUGAUCUUACGUUGAGCUUUGUUCGGUUCAUGCCAAAGAUAUUUAUUAGUCGAGGCGCGCCGCCGCCGCCGGUAGACUAGCCGCCCCUCGCCGCGCGCGACGCGAAUGUUCGAUUACUACUUCAGUUCGUAGGUGAUGUCGAUUGAUUCGUUUAUGCUGAAACCAAAUUACUAAGAAAGAAAUGUUCAGAGAAUAAAUCUCAAACGAUACUCAGUCUUGUUUUCCUUUGCUAAUAAUGAUUUGUAGUGAUGAAAUUAAUUGUAGCGUAAGUAGUGUUCAUAAGAUUUUUCUACAAAGUAAUGACUGAACCAUUAGUUAGAUGUUGAAAGAUUGUAAAUAUAAAAGCUUGGACAUUAUACAUUUCAGUAAAAAAUCAUGGUGUUUCUUUCAAAUUUUAUUUCAAUAGAAAAAGUAUUAGUAAAAUGUGCGAAUCAGUGACUAAGUGAAAUAUUUAUAUCAAUAUAAGGCACAAUGCAAGUAUUCUUACUGUAAGGACAAUAUUAGAAUUUACUAAAACAUCUCUUACUAGUAACAGAUAGGUUACUAAAGUGUUCAUCUUUAGCAAAUUUCUCAAAUGAUACCAUGUAAGUGUCGCUCAAACUGAAACUCUCAUUUCAGAAAGCCAUAUCUCAUAGGCUCAGUCAGUAUACCAGUCAUUGUUGUAGUUGAGUUUAGAUUAAUUAUCUAAGUUGGUGGGAUCCUAAUGUUUUAACCACCCAACCAGUGAAUGCUUGGAAAAUACAGACUUUGUUAAAUAAAUGUAUUAACUGUAAUAACUA